UGGUUUACUUCAAACCACCACUUUUCAUGAUUGUGAAACUUUCACUACAAUGGAGUUAAAUUCCGGAGCCCCUGCAGGUUGCGGGUUGGUAUUGCAGCGCGCCAAGAACAGAGGGCGGGGCGUCACACUGGAAAGGCUGUUGCUGAGUUACCGGGAAGACUGACAGCGACCGAGACUUCCGGCAUGGGCAUUGGAGAGAGCGAGAAGGGAACAGAAGCUGAAGCUCAUAGCAGGAGCCACAAUGGCGACUGUGCUCUCCUAACAACAGGGGCAGUGGGUGUUCUUAUAUCCGCAAACAUCGCCCUAAAUACAGGCCUGGUUGAUAUCCAGGGCCACUAAAAAUAAACUGGAUCAUCUUUUGCACAUGAAUAUAGUAUAAUUUCUGACCAAUACAAAAUAUAAAGAGAUAAAAUUGUAUAUUAAACGAACAUGUAAACAGAACCAACCGGGUCAAGUUUUCAUUUUCAGUUCUGCGAAACAAUAUUGCCCAUUCAUCAUGGACUAUACUUGUUUCCGAACUCAGACCGUAAACUGAAGGAAUUAAACACCUUCCCUAAAGCCUGGCACCGGGCUAAAGGUAGCUAAAAGAAAACAGUAUUUUUUCCUGUUCGUUUUUACGAAACUCUGCUAGCUACACCGCACGAACUGGCUAACCAAACAAACGGGGAAACCGAGCACAAUGCUCCGACUUAUUGUUUGAGCUUUUGUAAUCGGCUGUUAAAUUUAGUUAUAUGUUCGACCGUUCAUCAGAAAUCGUAUUUUUGUUUCUAUCUUCAUAUUUUUUUCCUCUGAAACGCAAAGGCAUGCAGCUGACCUGACUGGAAUUAACUCGGAUGAAGCAUAAGGACAGAUAACGUGGGGAGACUUGUUUUGUUUGCUUUAGCUAGCUAGCUACUAAUGUGAACAUUUUCAUGUUAAUUCUGCCGGAUUUUGGAGUACUAUUCUUCCGUUAAUGUAUUGUCUCGGCUACAGAGGCCCGCGUUUGGGAGAAGGACCGCUGCUGACGUGAGGAAUGCCUGGGUCAGACCGACACCAUGGGACCAAGAGAAAGCCGGAUCCCAGCGCCAGUGUUUCACUACUGCCGCAGACGGCGAGCGGUAACAGCGGGGCGUACCCCCCCUUGCUGCCGCCGCACUCUUCUGCGGGUAACAUGACCAGCAAGGACUGCAAGCUCCAGUCAAAGGCCUCCUCGUCUUCCUCGUCGAAGCGCAAACGGCACAAAUCAUCCAAGCACGGACGGGAAGGCUCAUCGCUGGGCCAGGCCUCUGCAUUUGCUACCCAGGACUCCCCGGCGCCUCCUGCUGUCAGCGCCAUCAAGCCGCUGGUCGAGUAUGACGACAUCAGCUCCGACUCCGACACGUUCUCGGACCCGCCAGCUGCCAGGCCCUCUGCAGAUCGGCGAGGAGGGGGGCUGGACAGAUUAAGUUCUGCCGGGGAUUACUGCAGGGACGACGGGGGCGGGGCUGCCGGAAGCAGGGAGGGCCGGGGGCACAAGCACCGGCACCCUCGCAAGAAGUCCAAGGACCCGCACAGGGCAAAGGAUUCAGGUGAGGGAGGGGGAGGGGGAGAAGGCGGAGGUGGGACUUCAAAGAAAAAGAGCAACAGGGACAGAGAGAAGGGGAGUUCGGGAAAGAGCAAGGAGAAGGGAACCCCCGCUCCCUGCUUUGCCUCGGGCUCCAGGCGGCAGGGCCAGCAGGAGGGGGAUUUCGGGCCUAAGAGGGGCGAGCUGCCGGGCGGCCUGCAGGUGCAGCCGGAGGCCUCCGUCAGCAGCACGGCCUCCUCGUCCUCCUCCUCCCGCAGCAAGGAGGGGAGCGGCCGCUCGGGGAAGAGCCGCAAGGAGAAGCAGCAGCGCCGAGAGGGGAGGAGCUCCUCGCAACGCGACCGGGGGGAGAAGAGCCACCGCAAGGCCUCCAAGGGCUACAAGGCCAGCCCCAAGGGGAAGGCCUCGUCAUCGUCCCGGGGCAGCCCGCCCCGGGGAGGCAACGACAGCCCCGCCGCGGGCGGCGGCGGCGGCGGCGGGGGCUACAGUCAGGAGGGCCCGGAGGGGGAGGACAGCUACCACCGGCGGCGACGGGCGGCCCAGCACAGCCCCAGCCCGUACCGGGAGGCGUCGCGCCGCAGCCGCCAGCGGUCCGACAGCCCCUACGGCGGCCGCCAGCGCUCGUCCAGCUACGAGCACGACAGCAGCCCGUACUCCUCCUCCAGGAAGCGCUCAUCCGUCAGUCCCUACGGCAACCGCCGCUCCUCCAGCGCCAGCCCGGUGUCCAGGCGCUCGGCUCGAUCGCGAAGUCGUUCCCCGGUCACCUUCCCCUCCGCCUCGUCCCGCCGGCCCGCGUCGCGCUCCCGCGGCAAGAAGCACUCGUCCGGGGGCGGGGCCGGGGGCGGGGCGUCGCACAGCAGCCGGCCCUCCAGCCGCUCGCCCUCCUCGUCGCGCCUGCCGCUCAACUCCAGCCUGGGCGAGGAGCUCAGCCGCCGCAAGAAGGAGCGGCAGGCCGCCGUGGCCGCGGUGGCCGCCGCCGCCGCCCGGGGCGCCUCCCCCUCCCCCUCCCCCUCCGCCGGCCCCGCCCCCGCCAAACGCCCCGCCCCCCGACCCCCCAAACCGGAGCCCGAGCCCCCCGACAGGGAGCCCCCCCCCCCGGCCUCGGAGCCCCCCCCGCCGCAGGCCGCGGCCUCCGCCGCCGCCCCCCCGCUGGACAAUCCCCAUCGGGACGGGAAGAGCACCCCCCCGCCCCCCUUACCCGCCUUCUCCUCCCCGGCUCCGCCGCCGCCCCCCACCCAGCCUCCCACUUUCCCUCCCCCCCUGCCCCCUCUCCCUUCUGCCCUGCUCCAGCCCCAGCCCCCCCUGCCCGAGCCCAGCCAGCCGGCCUCCAAUCACCCCCUGGCCCCUUCCACCUCCUCCCAGCCCAAGUCCCCCGCCGCUCCUCCGGCGCGCAGCCCCGCCCGUCAGCUGCCCCCCAUGAAGACCUCCACCCUGCCCCCCCUGCCUCUGCCGCCUAUGCUGCUGGGAGACUGUCAGGACAGCCCAAAGAAGACGCCUCCCCACAGCAGGUCCCAGAAGAAGGAGAAGGAGGUGCGGACCCGACCCCUCCUGAGCGACCUGCCCUUGCCCCCCACGCUGGCCGGGGGAGACCCCUCCCCCCCUCAGUCCCCCGUGCACAGGGCCCCGCCCCCACCGCAGUCCAUCUACAAGAAGAGACCAAAGUUUUGCUGCCCGCGCUACGGGGAGCGCAAGCAGACGCAGAGCGACUGGGGCAAGCGCUGCGUGGACAAGUUCGACAUCAUCGGCAUCAUCGGAGAGGGCACCUACGGCCAGGUGUACAAGGCCAAGGACAAAGACACAGGUGAGCUGGUGGCCCUGAAGAAGGUGCGCCUGGACAACGAGAAGGAGGGCUUCCCCAUCACCGCCAUCCGCGAGAUCAAGAUCCUGCGGCAGCUCAACCACCGCAGCGUGGUCAACAUGAAGGAGAUCGUCACCGACAAGCAGGACGCCCUCGACUUCAAAAAGGACAAAGGCGCGUUCUACCUGGUGUUUGAGUACAUGGACCAUGACCUGAUGGGGCUCCUGGAGUCGGGCCUGGUCCAGUUUUCCCAUGAGCACGUGCGCAGCUUCAUGCGACAGCUGAUGGAGGGCCUGGACUACUGUCACAAGAAGAACUUCCUGCACAGAGACAUCAAGUGCUCCAACAUCCUGCUCAACAAUAGUGGACAUAUCAAGCUUGCGGACUUUGGCCUGGCCCGGCUGUACAACUCCGAGGAGAGCCGGCCGUACACUAAUAAGGUGAUCACACUGUGGUACCGCCCCCCUGAGCUGCUCCUGGGGGAGGAGAGGUACUCUCCAGCCAUCGAUGUCUGGAGCUGCGGGUGCAUUCUGGGGGAACUCUUUACCAAGAAGCCAAUCUUCCAGGCCAAUCAGGAAUUGUUACAGCUGGAACUCAUUAGUCGGCUUUGUGGAAGCCCCUGUCCGGCCGCGUGGCCUGAUGUCAUCAAGCUGCCGUACUUCAACACCAUGAAGCCCAAGAAGCAGUACCGCCGCCGCCUGAGGGAGGAGUUUGCCUUUCUGCCCUCCCACGCUCUGGACCUGCUGGACCGCAUGCUGACCCUUGACCCCGCGCGACGCUGCACCGCGGAGCAGGCUCUCCACAGCGACUUCCUGAGGGACGUGGAGCCCAGCAAGAUGGCCCCGCCCGACCUCCCUCACUGGCAGGACUGCCACGAGCUCUGGAGCAAGAGGCGUCGCCGCCAGCGCCUGAGCGGGCUGCCCGAGGAUGUGCCUGUGCCCAAAGUGCCCCGCAAGGACCCCGCCGGGGCCCCCAGCAGCGACAACAGUCGCCCCCACGCCAGCCCGGCGGGGGCACCCCCGCCCCCGCCGCCGCCCGGACGCCCGCCCCCCUCCGCCCUGCCGACCAAUGAGCUGGCAGGUCUGGGGGCGGCGGCGGAGCAGCUGAACCAGAGCGAGCUGGCCGUGCUGCUCAACCUGCUGCAGCGGCAGAGCGACAUCAGCCUGCCCCAGAUGGCCCAGCUGCUGAGCGUGGCCACCAACCCCGAGAGCCAGCGGCAGCUGGAGACGCUCAGCCAGUCGCUGUCGGCGCUCAGCGAGGCCUCCAACCCGCCGGCGCCGGAGGAGGAGGAGGAGGAGGAGGAGGAGGUGGAGGAGGAGGGGCCGGGGGAGGGGCCGGCCCCGCCCCCGCCCCCCGAGCCCCCCGCCGAGCCCCAGCUCAGCCAGGAGGACCAGGCCAGCAUCCUGGCCCUGCUCCUGGGCCAGCUGAUCAAGCCGCCCGCCGAAGGGGCGGAGCAAGGCGACGAGAGCAACGGCGUCCAAUCGGAAGAGCCGGUCCCCCGAGGCCCCGCCUCCGCCGGCGACCGCAAGGAUGGUGCGGUCGGGCGGAGGAAGGCAGCUGUGAGCCAGGCACUCCAGCCUCCGGAGAGACGCCCCCCCUCCCCACCGGGGUCCCCUCCAGCGUCGGCCCCCUGCCCCCCCCAGCAGCAGCAGCCGGUCCCUGAGCCCCACCUUACCCAGGACAUCAGCCCCGCCAUGGCUGCCGCCCUCCUCCAGCUCAUAUCCCAGCAGGAGGCGGAGCCUCGGGCCCAGGGGGAGGAGCCCCAGCAGGGCGGGAACGAGGACGCGGCUGAGAACUCUGGCGCGCUGGAGUCCUCCGACCAGCAGGGGGCGGCAGGUGGCGGCCCCCCUUCCUGGACCCAGCCCACGGACUCCCCAAAAACACAGACCCCGCAAAACGACCCCAAACCCACGCAUGGCACCGGCCCCCAGUUCCCGCGGGAUCAGGACUUCCGCUUCUCUCACGGCCCCCCCAGUGAACCGGGGACCCCAGGCUACACUAGCACAGAGGCCUGGAGCCAAGGGGCCGAGCAGCCCCAGGGCAACAGCCAGAGCCAGAGCCAGAGCCAGGGCCAGGGCCAGGGCCAGGGCCAGGGCCAAGGAUCCAACAGGGCCAAAGGGCCUCCCUACUGACUCGCUGUAGACCAGUCAGUAGGGCAAAGCAGCUCCCCCUGUCUGUGGAGUGCAGAAAUGCAGGAAGGCAGCGGAAAACCGUUCCUGCGUCUCGAUGGGAAUGUGUGGCAAUUAGGGUGGGUGUUGGGGAGGGGGGUGGACUGUGGAGGAGACCAGAGACCAGAGAUGUGUAUGCUUAUGCAGGAAGGUCUAUGACUGCUGAUGUCCCAAGGGAGAAUCUGCUCGAAUAAGCCCCACCCCUUGGCCCAAAAGCCAAUCGGGGGCCGCUUUGGGUCGUGGCUGUAGGCCCCGCCCAUGCCGCUGGUUUCCCAGAAGGCAUAGCGCUAAUAGAACUAGCCCCGUCGCACCACCCUCAUGGUCAGACCGCGUUGAGUGAGAUGCCCCUGGAAUGUAAUCUUCGAUUUUUUUGCACACGGAAUGAAUUUGGAGUCGCAAUUAAUUUCUUAUUUUUCCCCUCGAAAAAACAAAAAAAAAAGGCAACCAUUACAAUUCCCCCCCCCCCCCCCUUUACUCUUCUGCCUAGAAGGUGUUUCCACUUGUGAGUGAGCCUUACGACACCUUUGCUGGUUCCUGGUUUCCCUUGGGCGUCCGCACGUGCCUCAUAGUGGUGGAAACGGAAUGGUGGACUUACCAGGAACCGGGCGAAGGGGAGCAAAAACCCCUCGAACGGGACAGGUGGAUGGUGAGCGUUUAGAACCUCACAAACCGGGUGAACGUGGCCAUUUCUGAAGCUUUCACCCUGACUGACCUCUGACCUUGACCCAUGUGCCUCUGUAGUCACCUAAGCGACCCCUGAAUGACCUUUUCCAAAGGAAAGCAUUUUUUUUCUUCAUUUUUUGUUUAUUAACUUUCGUUUCUUUUUCCAGCAGUCGAAAAAUCGACUUGAUAAUUGGGUUUAAAAAAUGGAAAAAUCUCCUUUUAAUAAUUUAAACCCCAUCUUUUUGUUUUUUUUGUUUAGUUUAUUUGUUUCGUUUUUGUAUCGGGCCAAAACGUUGCUGCACAUGGUGGUUUGGUCUAAGCUCUACGCAUUGUGUGUCCAUUCCAUGUGUGUGUGUGUGUGUGAGACACUUUAUGGAUUCUCACCAAUUUACUGCUCCGACUAUCCUUUGCUGCAGAGGUACCUUGCUUUGUGGAAGCGGUCAUCUGUUCAGGCGGCCCAUCACCUAGAGUACAAAACCGGCAGAUUACAUACAUCGCUGUCUCAUUUCAUGCCGAGGAUUAAUUUUCGCCGACAGCCUCAGGGCCACAAUACAGUAUUACGUAAGACCUCCCACCCUGACGCACAGAGACAGACUUUCGCUUGUCUUUCAUGUAAGCUUUCUCCGCCCCUCUACGGCUGUGAACCCCCUACUCCUCGCUCACGCGCACACUCUACACAGUGAACUCAAGGUUUUGUGCGGUUGUUUUCUACUUAAAAGUACUGAAGAUGCUAACAGGUUAACGAGUAAUGUUUUUUUUUUUGUUUUGUUUUUUUCCGCUAUAAAGGGCAGAGAAGGGGAAUCUUGGGUUACCUGUGACCGUAGAGAUAUUUUGUUACAUACAUGUUUACUUCUUUCUGUUUAUUAAAGGAAAUCUGAAGG